GGUACGGCGGCACCGUAACCGAGCGCUCGGGGCGGCGUCGGGCCCGGCCCGCCAGGCUGCCCCAGGGCUCGGAGGCUGCACGCCUCGUUCCCAACGCGCCGUCUGCUGCGCAGCUGGCUCAGAGCCGUGUUUGCUCCUUGACGGAGUAUCGAGGAACGCGAUAUUGCCUGCCUGCCUGAUCAAACACGGGACUCUGUCGUGACUUGGGUUUUAGGGCGGCCUGGGGCUGUUUUUCCAGCUCCCCUGCACUCCCGGUCGGGCGGGAAGCAGCCCCGGUGUGCCGGCGGAAGGCGCCCCGGCGGCACCGCCCCGCGUGGGCAUGGCGGCUGGGGCCCGGCGGCGGCAGCUCCCGGCCUGGAUGGGGGCGGCGGGGGACGGGCGGGCGGUGGCGGCCCCGGCCCCAAGCGCCGGGCGGCGACGAACGGCGGCGGGGCGCAGGCCGGCGGCGCUGUACUGCAUGAACGAGGCGGAGCUGCUGGAGGUGGCCCUGGCGGUCCUGGCCGAGAAUCUACAGAGCGAGGAGGGUGAAGAGAAGGCCCGGUCCGGGAGCGAAGAGGAGCAGGAGAUCCCGCCAACCCCAAACGAGGUUCCUGGAAGCACGGCCUGCACGGAUGGAGGCAGUGACCGCGGUCCGGCACUUCCGUCCCCUCCUGCUGCUGCUGCUGACGCAGAGGGCACAGGCGGGGAGAACUCUGAGGACGAUGUCCUGAAAUACGUCAGGGAGAUCUUUUUCAGCUAACAUCUCUGACUUCCCAGGCGAAGAGGGCACAGUGGGGAGGGUGUCUCCUCCCGCGGCCCUGGGAACGGAGGGAGGAGGGCCUGGAGGGGGCUGUGCGUCCAUCUGCUGUGUCGGUGCCCUGUGUAGCUGGUAGGAUACCCAGGAAGGCCAGAGGGGGAAAGGAAGGAGGUACUCAGUUCUCCCAAUCUAUGCUGGGCUCAGUGGGAUUUGGCUCCAGAUUAGGUGUUCAUUUCUGUUUCACAUUUCAGAGCAUGGACAGAUAAAAGAAGACACUCGGGUUUCUGUGAGUUAUCCCUUUGGUGGGUUGGUGUUUGUUGGGCAUGGAGGCAAGCAGGGAGCUGCUGACCUGGAAGACCUUUGCUGGCAGAGCUACAUGGUCGUGGUUCAGCCUUGAGGCUCCCUUGUCCUUGUGGUCCCUCUGUCACAGCUGCAGAGGGCAGGCUGUUCCCAUUGGGACUGGUGCUGAGUUUGCCUCCAGGCUCCAGCUGUCUUCCCAAUGUUGAGGAACACGAAUGGGGGCAGACUGGCAGGGGCUGGACUGCCCUGAGGGGGCUGACCCCGUGGAGUGGCCAGCGUGCAUGGGGGUCUGGGAAGGGAUGAAGAUGGCUCAGUGUCCUCUUCCCAAUCAAAAAAAAAGGACAAAGAAACCACAUGAGGCCAGCUGGGAGAGCAUGUAUUGAAAUGAAGAAUCGGUGAAAUCAGCAUCACCAGCCUCAUUCCCACCAAGGCUGAAGCAAGAGAAAACAGACCCUCAUGUCCCUUGAAACAAAUUCACUCAACUGCAAAGAAUAUCACUGUUAAGCAAACAUUCUUUAUUUACGUAAAUUCUCCCAGUCACUGGAUGAAUUAAUGCAGCAUGUACUUACAAAGCUGUUACAUAUUCACUACACAGAAAAUUCAAUAACAUAAAACUCCGGUUUUGAAAAAUGAUUAUAUGGACUGGAGUUAACCGUUUCAGUGUUUUCCGCCAUCUAGUGUCCUUUAGGGGUUAUUACUACCCCCUGUAGGGGUUUUGCUGGUCGUUGAAUCGUCUUCCUCACUUGUUCUUUUAUUGCACUUUCUUAGUUGGUGCAUGCUCAGUCUGUUAUCUUGUUUUCAAACUACAAACCUCCUUCUUUCUCGUGUUACUUCUGUAUCGUCCUAGAUGGCUUUCUUCACAGCCUUGAAGGUUGGUUAUUGAUUGGCUGUUUAAGUGAUAUGUAUCCUGUCUAGUUAUGAAGAAAUUAUCUAUUUGGUUACAUUUUCCUGAACAUUUGUUAGUUCCUAGUUAAACAUAAUGUACAGAUCCUGUUUUCAAACUCCCUUUCUUAUAUGGUAGGGCCAAAUGUAUUAAAAGCAUUUUGUUAGUUAAUUACAAAUUUAAUCACA